UUUAGGCAAGAAUAUGUAACUCAUAUACAAAACCAUCUGUAAGCAUAGGAAGUUCUUGAGUCAAAAUACUGUGAUUUCAAGUUGGUUAUAAAAUGCUCAUUUACUCCAGUCUAUCUUAGAAGAAUUGUAGGCCUUUUCAAGGUUUUUUCCAGUCCAUAGAAAAGUCAUCAGUUUUAUUGUGAAUUUCUUUAUCACCUGUGUUACUCCCAUUUUCAUCAUCAAUACAUAUAUAUUUAUUCUUCGCCAUCUUUUUCUCACCAUUGUCAUGKUACUGUCCCRCUCCAUUGGUAUCGGCGUUUGCAAAGCAUCAUGGUUCUGAUGUCACGCGAGUAUUGCGUGACCGUACUUUGGUAACAAACAUGGUUCGUUCUAUCAARUCUUCAAUUUUCGGUUUUUUGGUCUUUUUAACUAUGAUAUCAUUUAUUCACUCCGGAAAAAUAGUAUUUCUAACGACUUUUGGUGCAAGCAACUACCUAGCAAUGAAGMAGAUGGCACAAGAGGUAGCUAAUAGAGGCCAUGAGGUGUCACUUAUAGUCAACUCGGUACAAGACAUCAAACAACAAGGACAGGUCAAGCACGUUGUUUAUCAAAUUCCUUUCAAGAAGGGUUUCUUUGAGAAGGUUCUUGCAUCGUCCCUCAUAAAAAACGGCGCCGUUUCAAUGAUGUUCAGUAAAUCAAACCAUAGUAUGACUAAAGUGAAACAAAUAGAAUGCGAAGCUUUACUUAAAGAUACAAAUUUACUGGACUCGUUCAAAGGAUUUGAUCUCCUUGUUGCUGACGUCGCAAAUUUGUGUUCCCCCAUCGUCCAUGACUACCUGGGAAUAAGACGUGUCGAUUACUUUCCUGGACCACCUUCGCUGCCCAUUUUUCCAUCAUCGUAUGACGACUUUUUCACUGUUUCCUACGUUCCACAAAUGCGGGCAACCAAUCCCACACAAAUGAACUUUUUCCAGAGAUUGAAAAAUGUUGCUUUUUUUCUUGCAAUGAAGACGGUUGGUCUUCACCUUCUUCGAGGUUUUCAGGACUUGAAAUUGAAAUACAAGAUCAAACCAGAGAAAAGCUAUGUAGAAUCUUUCYUGGACAAAGAGUUGACAUUGUGUUUGGCGGAUUUUGCGUAUGUCCAUGCGCAGCCAAUCAGACCAGACUACAAGCUKGUCGGACCAUUGAACAUCCARCCAGUCAAGCCYCUUCCCCCUGAUCUACAGCAGUUGAUUGACAGUUCUGGUGAUGACGGAGCCAUUAUCGUGUCUUUUGGAUCCAACGUGGCUUCAGUGUUGGAUAAAGACAAAGUUGACAUCAUGGCUGAGGCGUUUGGUAGAUUAAAACAGAAAGURWUUUGGAGACUUCAAGGAUACAUCCCAUCAUCAUUGAAUGAUAACAUAAAGGUUCUUGAUUGGCUGCCACAGAAUGACUUACUUGCACACGAGAAAUUGAGAGUCUUUGUCUCUCAUUCUGGUUUGAACAGUGUAUAUGAAUCACUGUAUCGCGGGGUUCCUAUGGUUUGCAUGCCCAUAUAUGGGGACCAGUUUGAAAACGCGUUUCGAUUGGAGRAAAGCGGCGUUGCUCUUACUGUUGACUAUGUCACAUUUACAGCUGACGAUCUUUACUAUAAGAUACAACGAAUCAUCGACGAGCAAAGUUUUCUAGAAAAUGCACAACGRUUUUCACGUCUGCUAAGGGACCGCCCACGUAGCCCGGUCCAGGAGGCUGGUGACUGGAUAGAGUACGCCCUUAGACACGAGAGUCUUGCACAUCUACGUCCUUAUUCCACUCAACUUUCCUGGUACCAGUAUUUCCUGGUAGAUGUAGCAGUGUUCCUGGUCUUGGUAGUUUUGGUGGUGAUUAUGGUGAUAAAGUACACAGUUCGAUUAAUAUGCUGGAUGUGCUGUCGACGAGACAAGAAACAGAAAACUCCACCGUUUACCAUUMUUGUGAGCAGUAUCCAAGAGAUCAAGCCAUUAGAGGGAAUAAUACACCACAUUUACCAAGUACCUUUUGAUUCCGAUGAGUAUGAAAAGUUCACUUCCAAAGAAACUAAGGAUGGACCUUUUAAGACAUAUAUUUCUUCAAAUGUGACUAUCUCUGUUCUCACUGGAAUAUUUUGCGAUCAUCUGAUUGCCAACAAAGAACUUCUUGAACCACUGAAAGAGUUCGAUCUUUUAAUCACAGAAACUUCUAUGCCUUGUGGUCACGUGCUUUCGGACUAUUUAGAUAUUAAAAAGGUGGAGUAUUGUCCAUUUUCACCCAGAACUAUGUCUUUACUGUUAGGUCGACAUGAAACCCUAUUUGAARCAUCUUCCGUUCCUAUGGCGAUGAGUUUUAUUCCAGGAAAGAUGAACUUCUUACAUCGAGUUAAAAAUGCAAUGUUCCUUUUAGCCACKAGAGCGAUUGUUCCCCUAWUUAUWCUGAAACCGAUGCAAGAUGUCAAAGAAAAGUAUAAGRUCAAAUCUGAGARGACGUUGUCUGAAUCGAUGAGGGAAGAUCAUCUGGUUCUGUUCUUGUCUGACUUUGCAUUGGAAUAUCCUUAUUCAGUUCCUCCAUAUUAUAAAAUGAUUGGACCACUUAAYAUCCAACCUGUCCAACCCCUCCCCACUGAUCUACAGCGGUUUAUUGACAGUUCUGGUGACGAUGGGGCCAUUAUCGUGUCUUUUGGAACCAGCGUUGCCUCGAUGUCAAAAGACAAAGUUGACAUCAUGGCAGAGGCUUUUGGUAGAUUAAAACAGAAGGUGAUUUGGAGGAUCAAAGGAUACAUCCCAUCGUCUCUGAGUCCCAACAUCAAAGCUGUUUCYUGGUUACCGCAAAAUGACCUGCUGUCCCAUAAAAACCUACGUUUGUUCGUGAGCCACGUAGGACAAAAUAGUCUCUACGAGGCUGCCUAUUACGGAGUUCCUGUGGUGGGCAUUCCUUUGUUUUCAGAUCAGUUCGACAACGCUUUGCUUGUGGAAUUCAGAGGAUUUGGUCUGUCUCUUGACUUUCACGAGUUAACCGCAGAACAACUGCACAGUACUAUCAAACGUGUAUUAAAAGAACCAAGUUUCCGAGAAAACGCCCAGCGCAUUUCUCGUCUGCUGAGAGACCGCCCACGUAGCCCGGUCCAGGAGGCUGGUGACUGGAUAGAGUACGCCCUUAGACACAAGAGUCUUGCACAUCUUCGUCCGUACUCCAGUAGACUUCCAUGGUACCAGUAUUUCCUGGUAGAUGUAGCAGUGUUCCUGGUCUUGGUAGUUUUGGUGGUGAUUAUGUUGAUAAAGUACACAGUUCGAUUAAUAUGCUGGAUGUGCUGUCGACGAGACAAGAAACAGAAAACUCAAUAAGCAAAUAUCGUGACAUUUAGGACUAGAAUAUCUUGUAACUCUUUUGUAUGCAAAAUGAACUUUCUUGGAGUGCAAAUAUUACUUUAAGUUUACUGAAAUAUUACUUAAGUGUGCUGUCGACGAGACAGGAAACAGAAAAUUCAUUGAUCAGUUUCAUUUAUUACAACUGGUCGUUUGAUUUCUGAUCACAAACCACAGGUAACCCAGGCUCAAUAACUAAGUAUCAAAUAUGUCGUUCUUCGCACGAUAUUUUUUUUUUCCUUAAAUAAUAUUAUCUAACAUAAUAUUAUCUAACAUAAUCU